GCCCUGGCGCGCAGGUGGUCUGACUCGCGCCUCCCCCUGCGCCUCCCCCCGCAGGCACCAUGGCCCGGAGCGGGGCGCUGCUGUUCCUGCUGCUGCUGCCCCCACAGCUGCACCUGGGUCCUGUGCUGGCCGUGAGGGCCCCGGCGUUCCGCCCAAGCGGCGGCCACAGCCGGAGCCCCGAAGAGAACGAAUUCGUGGAGGAGGAGCCGGUGCUGGUCCUGAGCCCCGAGGAGCCAGGGCUGGGCCCAGCCACAAUCGACUGCCCCCGCGACUGCGCCUGCUCCCAGGAGGGUGUCGUGGACUGUGGCGGCAUCGACCUGCGUGAGUUCCCAGGGGACCUGCCUGAGCACACCAACCACCUGUCUUUGCAGAACAACCAGCUGGAGAAGAUCUACCCUGAGGAACUCUCUAGGCUGCACCGGCUGGAGACACUGAACCUCCAGAACAACCGCCUGACUUCCCGAGGGCUCCCAGAGAAGGCGUUUGAGCAUCUGACCAACCUCAACUAUCUGUACCUGGCCAAUAACAAGCUGACCUUGGCACCCCGGUUCCUGCCAAACGCCCUGAUCAGUGUGGACUUUGCUGCCAACUAUCUCACCAAGAUCUACGGGCUCACCUUUGGCCAGAAGCCAAACUUGAGGUCAGUGUACCUGCACAACAACAAGCUGGCAGAUGCCGGGCUGCCAGACAACAUGUUCAACGGCUCCAGCAAUGUCGAGAUCCUCAUCCUGUCCAGCAACUUCCUGCGCCACGUGCCUAAGCACCUGCCGCCUGCCCUGUACAAGCUGCACCUCAAGAACAACAAGCUGGAGAAGAUCCCUCCAGGGGCCUUCAGUGCACUGAGCAACCUGAGAGAGCUGUAUCUGCAGAACAAUUACCUGACUGACGAGGGCCUGGACAACGAGACCUUCUGGAAGCUCUCCAGCCUGGAGUACCUGGAUCUGUCCAGCAACAACCUGUCGCGCGUCCCCGCGGGGCUGCCGCGCGGCCUGGUGCUGCUGCACCUGGAGAAGAACGCCAUCCGCCGCGUGGACGCGGACGUGCUGACGCCCAUCCGCAGCCUCGAGUACCUGCUGCUGCACAGCAACCAGCUGCACGCGCAGGGCAUCCACCCGCAGGCCUUCCAGGGCCUCAAGCGGCUGCACACGGUGCACCUGUACAACAACGCGCUGGAGCGCGUGCCCCGCGGCCUGCCGCGCCGCGUGCGCACGCUCAUGAUUCUGCACAACCAGAUCGCCGGCAUCGGCCGCGACGACUUCGCCGCCACCUACUUCCUGGAGGAGCUCAACCUCAGCUACAACCGCAUCACCAGCCCGCAGGUGCACCGCGACGCCUUCCGCAAGCUGCGCCUGCUGCGCUCCCUGGACCUGUCCGGCAACCGGCUGCACACGCUGCCGCCCGGGCUGCCCCGCAACGUGCACGUGCUGAAGGUCAAGCGCAACGAGCUGGCGGCGCUGGCGCGCGGGGCGCUGCCUGUGAUGACUCUGAGAGCAGCCCCCCCGGGGCCUGCUAUUGUGCCAGGGUCACUGCAAGCCUCACACCCUCGCUCCUGGCCUCUGCACACGUGGCCCCUGAGGUCCAUAAAUGAGCAGCCCCACCUGGGCAUCUCCCCUGCCCUAUCCAGGGCCAGCAGGUGCUUUGUGCAGGCAGGAUCCCUGACUCCCUUGGUCCCCCUGCAGCUGCUGGACAUCGCUGGGAAUCAGCUCACGGAUAUCCCCGAGGGCCUCCCUGAGUCCCUUGAGUACCUGUACCUGCAGAACAAUAAGAUUAGUGCCGUGCCAGCCCAUGCCUUCGCCUCCACACCCAACCUCAAGGGGAUCUUUCUCAGGUUUAACAAGCUGGCCGUCGGCUCCGUGGUGGACAGUGCCUUCCGGAGGCUGAAGCACCUGCAGGUCUUGGACAUUGAAGGCAACUUUGAGUUCGGUGACGUUUCCAAAGACCGCGGCCGCUUAGAGAAGGAAGAGGAGGAGGAUGAGGAGGACGAGGAGGAUGAGGAUGAAGAAGAAGAGGAAAAGAGAUAGUGCCAAGGUGCCACAGAUCUGACCUAGGACAAUGGACCGCCGGACGCCUGUGCCCUGUGCGCCCUCCUUCUGCCACGUGUGCACAGACACACCCAGCACUGCACCCAUGGGGCAUCCCACAUGACAUAGGCUGAACACAGUUUCACAUCCCACCCCUUCCUGCAGCAUGUCCCACAGCGGGACACGUGCAGACACCACGUCACAGCCCGCACACACCCAGCUCGGCCACACACACAGCCAAUUAGACACUGCCCUCCAAACCAUCACGCUCCCCACCACGCCCA